UUUCUUUGUCCACCACUACUUUUUACCACGUUUUGUCAACACCAUUUUCAGACAAGACAAAACUAUGUGCGUCUGUAGAUACUCUUUUGGUAGGGUCACUACAACACACUCGUCACCAACUCACCAUCUACAUUAGUCGUCCCCACCUUAUCAACACAUCACAUGGAAUAAGACACUAGUACACUAGACGGACUUAAACCAAGCAUUUCAAAUCAGUUUUUUUUAAUCCACAGAACAGAGAGAGCUCCACCCAAUUAUUCUUUCUUUCAACAGCAGCAGAGAGAAACUUUCAAUCAAGAUCAUCAUCCUUCAACCUCUCUCAAGAUCAAAUCUGAGAUGGCUAAUUUCUAUGAGAAUUACCAAAUCCCCUACGACUUCGAUCAGGUUAAUAAUCUCUACGAUCACAAUUAUUAUCAUCAACCACAACAACAGUUUGGUUUGGAACCAAUGAGUUAUAAUAAUUUUAACUGGAAUGGAUCUGAGUCUGAACCAACCUCUGCAACUGUUGCUUACUCUGCUUAUGAUCCAAUGAGUUAUAAUAAUUAUAACUGCAAUGGAUCUGAGUCUGAACCAACCUCUGCAACCGUUGCUUACUCUGCUUAUGAUCCAAUGAGUUAUAAUAUUUAUAACUGGAAUGGAUCAGAGACUGAGACAACCUCUGCAUAUGUUGCAUACUCUGUUUCAACCAUGUCUGAGCCUAAACACUUGUUCUAUGAUCCGAAUCUCUACACAACAUACGAGUCCCCUCCUCAGUUUAUGAUCCAUCGCUCUGUAGCUUCUGCUCUGGACUUCAACGAGCCUGAAUUCGACGAGUACGAUCCAACGCCGUACGGUGGUGGCUACGAUGUCGUUGCAACCUACGGAAAACCUCUUCCUCCAUCGGUGGAGACUUGUUACCCUUGUUCAACCGCUCCUCACGCGAAAGCUCCCUCUCCUCCUGAGAUUAUCGCUCCUGUGCCUCUUGGAAUUUAUGAUGGUGGUCAAAAGAAUGUUGUCAAGAAACGUGUAACUUUUGCUGAACCGGUAGAAGAAGCCAGACCAAUGGAAACCAUCAAAGAAGAAGAAAAAGUAGAUGAUGAAGAAAGUGAGGAAGAAGGAGAUGAAAGCGAAGAUGAUGAUGAAGAUGAUGAAGAAGAAGUAGAAGAAGAUCACAGUUCAAGCUAUGGAAAUGAGAAAGAAGAUCACAGUUCAAGCUAUGGAGCUGAGAAACCUGAAACUGUAGAUAAAGCAGAAGUGAAAGCUCUUUAUAUUCCGUCUGGUUACGGUUUAGAAGCGACGGAUCUCUGCGAGGUUAUAUUCGGAGGUUACUUUCCUUGUGUUUUACGUAACAAAAGACGUCAGGAAGACGAAAAAGAUCGUGCGGCUGCUGCUGUUUCUUGCUGGGAAAGCAAUUCUGAUCCGUGGAAGACGACUUCCGAUUACCUUUUCGGGGAUUCGUAUCCGUACGGUCACGAGAACCGGACAGAAAGAAAUCAGUUUGAGAUCUCCUCCUACGGUUACCGGAGGUAUUAAUUAAACUCGGUGAGAACAACAUUCUUUGUUGAUGAAUGAUAUUGAUGAAGCUGAUUUAUUUAUUUAUUUAUUUAUUAGUAUCUGCUAUUUUGUUUUUGAUUGGUCCCAACGUUUUUACUUUUUACCAAGACUUUCAAGUUGAUCAAUAAAUGUUUUAAAAAUCAUUUCUUAGGACAACGAUUGAUGGAUGGAUUAUCGAAUUAUU